CCGGUCUCCAUAUCGCCGCCAUCUUUCCAGGGGUCAAUGAGAGCUUCGUGACACUGAGCAUCUCUCUACAGUACUGCUCCCUGCCUCCUGUCUGCAUCACCGCUCCACUUUGGUUACUGAGCUGCAUGCACCUGCUGCAAAUACUUACAGAGCGUGAGUCCUCGGGGUGGCCAGCUCCAUCCCUCCUCUGCAGAAAAUCCACACCUGGACAGCAAGUCAGUGCGUGACAGUCAAGUCAGUGAAGCGGUGAUGAAUGACGGUGCUGACUGCAGAGCUGGACCUGGGCCCUAAUCUGAGGAGACAGAGAGAUAGUAGACAGAGAUAGGAAGAGACAUAAAUUGAGGGAGAGAGAGAGCAGGAGUGAGAGAGUGAGAGUGAGAGAGAGAGAGAGAGAGAGAGGCAAAGAGCGGGCGAGGGAGGGAAGAGAGAGAGGGAGAGUCACCGUGCUUACUUUGUAGUUGCCGAGAGCCGCGUGACAGUUUGCAGAUGCCGACAGAUGUGCCCGAAGACAGGCUCAACAACGAGGAGAAGGCGACCACGUGUGACAGUAUGACUCUGUCCAGCACCCCGACUGUUCGCAGAGGAAGCACUCCUCUACCAAUUAAGCACCAGCUCAGACGGGAAGAAGCUGUCCAUGAUGACUGCGACUGGACAUCAGGUGCAGCUGGGCCCUCUGCUUCACCGAUCAGCUUUAGCCCAGCCCUGGAUGACACUCUGACGGUGACGGUGGAGGGCAGACCUGAUGGGCCUUUAAGGAUUGCCUUGCUAGGGCAGAACGGCGUGGGGAAGUCCUCUCUGGCCAUCGCCCUCGCCGGUGACAUGGACAGGACAGCGUCUGUGGAUUCUGAUGGGGAGGGUUAUGUGCGCACAGUCACAGUGGAUGACGAGGACAGCACCAUCAUUAUCUAUGACAACUGGAGACAGGACCUGUCGGCUCUGCAGUGUGAGGUGUGUGUCUUGGUGUUUUCGGUGACUGACAGGCGUAGUUUCCAUCGCACUGCUCAGCUCCGACUUCUCCUGAGAGAGACUCAGCCCCAGACUCCCAUCAUCCUCGUUGGUAAUAAGAGUGACCUUGUUCGCACACGUGAGGUCACCUCUCAAGAGGCCAUGUCCAGCGCCGCCCUCUUCAACUGCCUGUAUCUGGAGAUCUCUGCUUCUCUGGAUCACCGUACCCCCGAACUCCUGGAGUGUGCAGUGCGGCUAGCCAGGGGCCAGUCCCCGUGGCCCCCGGGGACCAAUGCGGAGGACUUGAGUGGAGGAGGCCAACGUGAAAGCAUCACCUCCCGUGCCAAACGUUUCCUGUCCAGCCUGGUGCCCAGGUACCCGCGAGAGCGAGAAGUGGGCAAGUUCCUGAGGCAGAAAUCCCGCUCGUGUCACGACCUGGGGGCGCUGUGAUCCGGGCGCAGAGGGGGAGUUAGAUGGUUAGAUUGUUGACAGAGAUAGCUGGAAGGGAUGUAGUAUACCAACAGAGAGGAAGAGGGAGUGAUACAGCAAUUAGUGGACAAGAGGGGGAGAUGGGGAUAAGAGAGAAGAGAUAACUGGGGAGGUGGGAGUGCAAAGGUGCCAAGGUGACGGCAGGACAGUGUAGUCAGUGAUCAUCCUGCAUCCAGCAGUGAAAAACAGGGAGAAUGACAACAAUGUUAAUGAUGAUGUUUAUCUAUAGAAUAAUACAGAAAUUUUGUACACAAGACCAAACAACAAAGAAGAGAAGAAGAUAAUGAUACUGUUGUAGAACACAUGUAAAUAAACUGUAGUAGUGAUAGUUAACUGCCACCUGUCUUUAAGAGCUAAAUAAAUUGCUUUUUUGAGUCUUGACAAAGUCAC